UGCUGGAAUAGCUCGUACUUUUUCCUCUUAUUUCCUGUAUAAACCAUCAUCUCGAUAGCAACUUGACCAAAACUGCAGCCAGUUCAGCGGCUCAUGUGGUGAAGGGCCUCAUGAAACUGGGGAGAGAGCCACGUGUGGCCCGGGAGCCGCAGGUUGGCCAGGCCUGAACUAUAUAGAGUCUGGCGUGGUCCUUUGAUGUCACUGCUGGUGCUAAUCCAGUGUCCACGUCAGGACCUCAGAGAAGUGAUCGCCUUGUGACAUGUUCUACACUCCAGUGUUUGAUUGGCGGAUCAUGUUUUUCAGCGCGAUAGACUCAAGAGCUCAAGCUCAGUUCAGCAUGUUAGUGUUGUAGAUGAGUCUAACCCGAACCUGAGUCCAAACGCUCUGGAGUCUGAGACAAGACCGAGUCAGUUCUGGAGUCUGAGAUGAGACACACACACACACAGGACUGAAGGCUGAUCAGGAAACACAAAAGAAAUGCUUGACUUUGACAAGAUGGCUGCUGCUCUGAGCUCUCUCUCUUUAACGUCAAAACAAAAGACCUGUUUGGUGGAAAUGUAAUUGGGUAUUUCACACAUUCCACAUAAAGAAAACAGAGUUGCUGUCUUGACCCGUGUUGCCAACUUGAAACCUUCUUAGCAACUUUUAUUCUGAAAGGCGGCCAGGGUCCAUAUCCUGAAGCCGUGGGCUGCGCGUCACGUAAAAGAAAGAUGGCAGUGUCAAUAGCUAUUUAAAGGCCCUCAAACAACCACUUGUUUCAGUGGCGGAGUCUUGGUGCAUGCGAUAGCUUCCGACCAUCUCGCGCUCAAACCGCCCACGUCAGUAUAGGACGCAACUUCUCCAACAUCAAUAUAUUACGCCAUGUUAGUGAGGAUGGGUUGGAUGUCCUUUCCCGCCCCUACAGUGAAUCCGUCGGACGUCAUUUAGGUCACAAGCCGCCACGCACACGCCGAGUCUCCUGACUAACAUCAGCAUCACGCCAUUCCAUCACACCGACUUUUCCAAGAUUGUUACCCUCGCCUACUUAAAUGUCAGCCCCAAAUAAUCCUCUUACACGAUAUGCAUUUCGCCCCUGGACCCAAAGCUUCAUCUGGAUCUGCUCACACUUUGACAAGUCCACUUGGCUUUAAAGGUUGCGAGCGGGGAAAGCGAAACGCAGCCCCAAAUGAGGCGUGCGGGUGAAGGCACGGCAGGAUUAAUAAGGCGGCUGGUGAACAGCUACUUAAAAACCUCUAACUCGUGUUGCAUCAAUAUUUAACAGCCAGGCUGUCAGCAUCGUUCGCACUGAUUUGUGAGUAGACCGGUCGCUCCAUUCCCGACUCGUCGCCGUCUGACUCCACGUGUCUGAGGGAAGUGCCACGCUAUGUUUUUGGAACCUUGAAAAAAAGGUGGGGCUCAGAAUCUGAACCAGUCCUCAGCGAGAUUUUACAGACGACUGUUAAACCGAUAGAUUUUUUUUUUUUUGCUUACAUUUUUCAUCCCACUUUAAGGACUCAAAUCCUCCCUUUGACUUUGGAAGCCAAUUAGUUUCAGAUCAGCUCUUUAUCCCGGCGUGUUGCAGCGGGAGCCCAGAGCGUGCGAAUGCUAUUAAGUGUGAAAUAUAUUCAUACUUCCAAAACUAAGGGGAAAUGAUCCUUUUAGCGCUUUGUUGAUUUUUAAGUGCGGUGUUGUGGGUGUUAAUAAAACGGCGUUGUGGACGGAUAACGUUUGUUUUCCACGCUGAGCUACACGUCCGUCUCCUUGUAGCUAUUUCCACCACGUUUAGCUAGCACUUCUUUAUUUAUUUUGGGAGAAGUCAGCGGCAUUCGGAAAGUAAAAAUCUCACUUGGCUUCUUUGUUUUCCUUCAAAAAGAAAAGCAACAAGUUGAACCUUUCCUCGUGCCUUGCUAGCAUCAGAGGCUAAUAUCUGGCUCGCGGCGGGAUAUUUUGUUAGCUUCCAUACACUGAAACAGAACCUCCUUCUUUGUCUUAAUGGCUCCUAUGAGAGGUCUUGUUUUGUCAAAGAACAUGUGUACGCUUACUUCCCCAGAGCAGAGACUGCGAGGCAGCUUUUGAAUCGGGGCUGUAAACACAUCUUUGCUACAUGGCCCCCAACAGAGCCUUUUCAACACGAGCUCUUGCUACUAAGCGCCGCAUUAAUCCCUUCACGCCAAGUUAGCUUCACCCUGGCCAUCCAGUGUAAACACUCUCCCGUCAUGUGGCAUGACUUGUGCUUGUUGUGUGUCUGUCGUUUCCAUCACACACGUGCAGCUCACGUGAGAGAAACCUUCAGGGAAAACGCUGUGUUGUACGUGUUUGAAUUAGCAUGCUAAUGAAAGAGCCUGACCCCAGUCAAACAAGCUGCUUCCUAGCUGGGAGCUAGCUUGACAGAACAAAGGGAAAGUGUUAAGUACACAAAUGAUUUUCAUCUGAAUGUUAUGUUGUUCAUAAAGGUCAGUCAGUUGACACGCAGCGUAAACUUGAUUCGCUUAAGCGCUAGCAGAGUUGGGACGCGACUCACUUGUGGAAUGUAGUCAAAUAAAAAUAUAAACAAAGAUUGGACGGCAAAGUUAAAAAGGUGAGCAAGAGCUGCUGGGUGUUUUGUGUGAUAAGCUUAAAAACACACGCCAAAAGAAAAACAAACAAGCGGAACAGAUGCUUUCUGAGUGAGGAAACUACCAGACUGUACAUAUCAGAGUUGACUGUGAAUUAAAUAAGGAGUACGUGAGGUCAGUGUGAUCACUUCACGUAUCUUUGCAAUGCUGGAAAUAUAGCUCAUUACAUUUUGACUGCGUUUUUUUCCCAUAAAUGUCCAUAGAGUUGAAGUCAAAACCCAGAGUUCUGAUGACAGUGUUCACAUGGUUUCUUCCUGUUAAGCCUCUUUCAUGUCCGUCUCAUGUCGUAAAGUCUUGUUUUUGAACCCCUCAAAAGCGUCGCAGGUUUGCAUCCGAUUCUGGGCAGUGAAUGCAUUUGACCCGUCUUGUCUCAGAUGCCAUGGAGGUGACCUCCUCUGGGCCGCAGACCAUCAAAAAGGCUAAAGGGGAGAACGUCAACCUGGGCUGCACCUACACCCCCGGACCCAUGGACACAGGAGAGCUGGACAUCGAGUGGACCAACCUGAGUCCCGACAUGACGCAGAAGGACAAACUGAUCUUAUCGUACACCGGAGGCCAGACGCACCACUUUGGCGAGGCAAGUCUCUCCAAGAGGCUCAACUUCAUAGGGGACCCCAAGCAGGGAGACGCGUCCAUCUUCCUUUUGAACGUGGUUGUCUCGGAUACAGCCACCUACCAGUGCAAGGUCAAGAAGGCGCCGGGCGUGGACAUGCGAAAAGUCACUCUGGUGGUGAUGGUUCCUCCGUCGGUGCCGAAAUGCUGGGUGGAAGGUGGUGAGGAAAGAGGCGGCACCGUGUCGCUGAGGUGCAACUCCCCCCAGGGAUCCAGCCCUCUCACCUACGUGUGGCGCAGGGAGGGUGGGGGUGCGAUGCCCGCCACUGCCACCCAAGACCCGCAGACCGGGGAGCUACUGAUCCGGAACCACACCGACAGCAACAUCGGAACAUACGCGUGCGAGGUCACCAACGCUGUCGGCAAGCAACAGUGCAAGUACUCCCUGCACGCGUACAACCCCACAAACAAGGCUGGCGUCAUCGUCGGCGCUGUGAUCGGCGCCUUGUUGCUGCUUCUCCUGCUUCUCCUCCUCAUCUGGCUGCUGAUCUGCUGCUGCCACAAACGCCGCUAUGAGAAGGAGGUCGCCAACGAAAUAAGGGAGGACGUGAACGCCCCAGAGAGCCGGCCGGCGAGCCGGCAGUCCAGCCUGCGCUCGGUGCUGGGCUACCGCACGCACCACGGCGUCCACUACAGCUCCGUCAGGAAGAACCUGCCGAGCCUCAGCGACGCUGGGAGCUUCAUGAACAGAGGCGAGAGGAACGAGUCGUCGCAGUCGGGGAGGCGACUCAGUCCGCUGAAGUACGACCCCAAAUAUGGCUACCCCGUGUAGCUGGAGGAUUUCGGCCUCCGACGGACUCCAUUCUUACAUCCAGUGUCGAAUAUCUUGAAAACAAACUGUGUGUACGAGUAGCUGUAAAUAAUGUUUUGGAAGAAUAAUGGUGUUUUUAGACGUUACCUCAGCCCCCGGACAAAUUGCUCUCCCAGCAGCGGACUUUCAUCAUGCACUGUUUUCUACUGAGUUGGGUGUACAUAGCCACGUGUUGCUUUUCUACCAUGCUAAACGCGCAGAAGUCAUUCGUUUUUUUUUUCCCUAAAAGUGCAAUAAAGCGUU